AUGAAAAAUACUGUUCAGGGAGAGAACUCAAAAGAAGAACAAAAGAAAUUACCAGAUAAAGAAACAGAAACUAAGGAUUCUCAGUCAGAGAAGAAGGAGAGAAAGAGUGAAAGUGAAAACGGGGAAGACACAGGAGAAAGAGGAAGAGGGAUCGGUCAAGCAGCUCAGAUUCAGAAAUUCUUACCACAGAAGAAAGAAAAAGAAAGUCACAAACGGCGUAGGAAUACAGCCAUAGUAAGAAGAAAAGAAAACAUCGUAAAAGUAGAGGUGACUCAGAUGAUGAGGACAGUAAGGACUCAAACAGAGAUGAAGAAGAGAGUGCGGAUGAGAAAAGUGAUGCUAGUAGAGAGAAAAAGCCCGGAUGAAGAGAGCUCUAGUGAGAGCCGAAGUAGAAGCAGAAGUCACAGCAGAAGUCGUAGUGAAAGCCGAGACAGAAGUCGCAGCAGAAGUCAAAGCCAAAGCCCUGGUAAGAGAAAAAAAAAAGAUAAUCAGAAGAUAUGUAAUAGAAGGGAAAGUGAGGAUAGCUUAAAACGAAGAAACUCUACAAGUGAUAGCCAAGGAAAUGCCAAGGAUAAAACCCAGCCAUUAUCAGUACCAAUGCCAGUUGAUCCAAGCAAAAUAAAAAUUGAAAAGGAGCCCACAGUUCCUGAUCUGUCAAUUGUCAAAAUUGAGAAAGACUUAGAACAGACUUCUUCUGUCUCUGGCAAAAAAGAAGAGACCGAAAGUCAUGGUGAGAAAAAAAGUUCAGGUGACUCGAGCACUAAACAGGAGAGAAGUUCACAUUCAAAGCCUAGUAGUGACAUUUCUUCCAAAGAAAGUGAGAAAGCUAAGCAGGGCUCAGACAGAGAGCACAAGAAGAGUAGGCAAGAUAGAAAAAGUAGUACAGAUAGCAUGUCUGACAAAGGUUUCUCACAGAGGCGCCAAAGUACAGAAUCUAAAAAGUCAGAAAAUGAAAGCAUCUCAGGAAGCAGCAAACAAGGAAUAAAAAGAAGAGGUAGUGAAGAUUCUUGCAAGAAAGAAAACACUGCUCAGGAUUCUCAGGGUAAAGUCAUGUCUAUGUUUGAUAUGGUGAUUGCCAGCACUCAACAGGUACAAAAGCCAAAAGUUCUGAAGGAAAUCUCUAUUUUUGAUGCUGUGGCAGCCGCUGGUAAUGACAGCAAUGAAGACUCAACAGGAGAUGACAUCGAUAGUACAGAGCCUUUUUUGAAUGAUGAUUCAUUUAAUCAGAAGAGUGACACUCCUUCAAAAGGUAAAUCAGGCCAAAGCUCUAAAACUGAGAAAUCGGUAGAUCGUUCAUCCAGCUCCAGCUCUCGCAAAGAUAACAAAAAUGAGUCCAAGAGAAAGCAUUCUUCUAGCAGUAGUAAGAAAAGAGUAGUGGUCAUAAAGUUCCAGUAG